CGGACUCCCAGCUCCGCUCUGUAGUCCGGAGUCCGGUAGCCGAGCUGCGAGCCGCGCGGCGCUCACGGCGGGUGACUCCGGCAGCGGCAGUGGCGGCUGCGGUCGCCUCGCCGUGGGAAGCUACGGGGGUGCGCGUUUCCUCUGAAUGUCCAUUCAGCGGCGGCUCGGAGCGCGCUGCCCCGCUGCCGUAGGGACCGGCGUUGGAGCAGUCACUCGCCAAAGACCCUCGGGACCCACUCAUUUCGGCCCCUGCAUCGUAGUGCCUUUCCCCGACUCCAGAGGCGUGGAAGAGGAGCUGUACCCCCGGCGGGGCGAGGAACAUGGGGAGAGCGUCGGCCGCAGUCGGCGGUGGAGGGGCGCGCCGGUGGCUUUCUUGGCUGGGGCUCUGCUUCUGGGCAGCAGGGGCUGCGGCUGCCCGAGGAACCGACAACGGUGAAGUUCUUCCUGAUUCCAUCCCAUCAGCUCCAGGGACACUGCCUCAUUUCAUAGAGGAACCAGAUGAUGCUUACAUCAUCAAAAGUAACCCUAUUGCACUCAGGUGCAAAGCAAGGCCAGCCAUGCAGAUAUUCUUCAAGUGCAAUGGCGAGUGGGUCCAUCAAAAUGAGCAUGUCUCUGAGGAGAGCCUGGAUGAGAGUUCAGGAUUGAAGGUCCGGGAGGUGUUCAUCAAUGUCACCAGGCAGCAGGUAGAGGACUUCCACGGGCCAGAGGACUACUGGUGCCAGUGUGUGGCAUGGAGCCACCUGGGUACCUCCAAGAGCAGGAAGGCCUCUGUGCGCAUAGCCUAUUUACGGAAAAACUUUGAACAAGAUCCACAAGGAAGGGAGGUUCCCAUUGAAGGCAUGAUAGUGCUCCACUGCCGUCCGCCGGAGGGCGUCCCUGCUGCCGAGGUGGAAUGGCUGAAAAAUGAAGAACCCAUUGACUCAGAACAAGAUGAGAACAUUGACACCAGGGCUGACCAUAACCUGAUCAUCAGGCAGGCACGACUCUCUGACUCAGGGAAUUAUACUUGCAUGGCAGCCAACAUAGUAGCCAAGAGGAGGAGCCUGUCAGCCACUGUGGUGGUCUAUGUGAAUGGAGGCUGGUCUUCCUGGACAGAGUGGUCAGCCUGCAAUGUUCGCUGUGGUAGAGGAUGGCAGAAACGUUCCCGGACCUGCACCAACCCAGCUCCUCUCAAUGGUGGGGCCUUUUGUGAGGGAAUGUCAGUGCAGAAAAUAACCUGCACUUCUCUUUGUCCUGUGGACGGAAGCUGGGAAGUAUGGAGUGAAUGGUCCGUCUGCAGUCCAGACUGUGAGCAUCUCCGGAUCCGGGAAUGCUCAGCACCACCCCCGAGAAAUGGGGGCAAAUUCUGUGAAGGUCUCAGCCAGGAAUCUGAAAACUGCACAGAUGGUCUCUGCACGCUAGAUAAAAAACCUCUUCAUGAAAUAAAACCCCAAAGCAUCGAGAAUGCCAGCGACAUUGCCCUGUACUCAGGCCUGGGUGCUGCAGUUGUGGCCGUUGCAGUCCUGGUCAUUGGUGUCACCCUGUAUAGACGGAGCCAGAGUGACUAUGGCGUGGACGUCAUUGACUCUUCUGCAUUGACAGGUGGCUUCCAGACCUUCAACUUCAAAACAGUCCGUCAAGGUAACUCCCUGCUCCUGAAUUCUGCCAUGCAACCAGACCUGACAGUGAGCCGAACAUACAGUGGUCCCAUCUGUCUACAGGACCCGCUGGACAAGGAACUCAUGACAGAGUCCUCCCUCUUCAACCCUUUGUCGGACAUCAAAGUCAAAGUGCAGAGCUCAUUCAUGGUUUCUCUGGGAGUGUCAGAGAGAGCCGAGUACCACGGCAAGAAUCACUCUGGGACAUUUCCCCAUGGAAACAACCGCAGCUUUAGUACAAUGCAUCCCCGAAAUAAAACGCCAUACAUCCAAAAUCUGUCAUCACUCCCCACAAGGACAGAACUGAGGACAACUGGUGUCUUUGGCCAUUUAGGAGGGCGCCUAGUAAUGCCAAAUACAGGGGUGAGUUUACUCAUACCACAUGGUGCCAUUCCAGAGGAGAACUCUUGGGAGAUUUAUAUGUCCAUCAACCAAGGUGAACCCAGCCUGCAGUCAGAUGGGUCUGAGGUGCUCCUGAGUCCUGAAGUCACCUGUGGUCCUCCAGAUAUAAUAGUCACCACCCCCUUUGCGCUUACCAUUCCACACUGUGCGGACGUCAGUUCGGAGCACUGGAACAUCCAUUUGAAGAAGAGAACACAGCAGGGCAAAUGGGAGGAAGUAAUGUCCGUGGAGGAUGAAUCCACAUCCUGUUACUGCCUUUUAGACCCCUUUGCAUGCCAUGUGCUCCUUGAUAGCUUUGGGACCUACGCCCUCACAGGAGAGCCGAUCACAGAUUGUGCCGUGAAGCAGCUCAAGGUGGCGGUCUUUGGCUGCAUGUCCUGUAACUCCCUGGAUUACAACUUAAGAGUUUAUUGUGUGGACAAUACCCCUUGUGCAUUUCAGGAAGUGGUUUCAGAUGAAAGGCAUCAAGGUGGACAGCUACUGGAAGAACCAAAGUUGCUGCACUUCAAAGGGAAUACCUUCAGUCUUCAGAUCUCUGUCCUUGACAUCCCUCCAUUCCUCUGGAGAAUUAAACCAUUCACUGCAUGCCAGGAAGUCCCAUUCUCCCGCGUGUGGUGCAGUAACCGACAGCCCCUGCACUGUGCCUUCUCCCUGGAGCGCUACACGCCCACCACCACCCAGCUGUCCUGCAAAAUCUGCAUCCGGCAGCUCAAAGGCCAUGAACAGAUACUCCAAGUGCAGACAUCCAUCCUAGAGAGUGAAAGAGAAACCAUCACUUUCUUUGCACAAGAGGACAGCAGUUUCCCUGCACAGACUGGCCCCAAAGCCUUUAAAAUUCCCUACUCUAUCAGACAGCGGAUUUGUGCUACAUUUGAUACCCCAAAUGCCAAAGGCAAGGACUGGCAGAUGCUAGCGCAGAAAAACAGCAUCAACAGGAAUUUAUCUUAUUUUGCUACACAAAGCAGCCCCUCUGCUGUCAUUUUGAACCUGUGGGAAGCUCGUCAUCAGCAUGAUGGUGACCUUGACUCCCUGGCCUGUGCCCUUGAAGAGAUUGGGAGGACACACACGAAACUCUCAAACAUUACGGAAUCCCAGCUGGAUGAAGCCGACUUCAACUACAGCAGGCAGAAUGGACUCUAGUCCACUUCCUCUCAGGAGCAGAGGGAUGGCCAGCUUUGGGACUUUGGCUUUAAAUGGGAAAGAAAAAGGCAGCUCUCUGCCCAGUGGCAUUUGGGGAAUUCAGCUUUGUUUGUAGUCAGUGAGAUCCCCUGGUUGAAGAAACUGAAUUUUCUAUAGGUAAAACAUGCCAGUAGAGCAAAGGACAAGCUCUCUUAGAUGUAAGAGGGUUUUAUUGUCUCCCCUGAAUCACACGCAGGUCAACACUGGAUGCCCUCCUCAGAUCUGGAGUGUCUAGGAUAGACAUGAGGGCAUAUUGAGACAAAAGUAGCUAUGGAGAGAGAUGAGCUACAAUAAAGCUGAAGGCAGAGAUUGAUUAAGUGCAUGUUUUGAAACAGGUUUUUAAUGAUGUGCCCCACAGGGCCAGCAGAUUCUGGUACCAGAUUGUCAGUUUUCUACCAACUGGCAUUUGUAAUGUCAGGAAUCAUUGUAAAACUGACUUUUAGAAGUAAAACAGGGUUGCCAACCCAUUUGUAUGACUUUUUCAACAUCAAAGAGGGCGUUUAGAUUCUAGAAUCUGAAUACACCACACCAGCACCAAUUUCCUAUCUAUACUAGCCACUGAACGGAGACAAGACCCAAAAGUCAGAUAGACGACGAACUAGUUCUCGUAGUGUACCUCACCUUCAUUUUUUUCCCAGAGACAAAUCUACCCACUUCUCUCCUUCCUGAACUUCCAGAGUAGAGAGGUUUCAAGGAACAUAAUGAGAUUUUUGAACAUGGAAAUUUAUCUCUUCAAACUCAACCAAGUAGGAGUAUCUCUAUUCCUAGUUAAGCCAGACAAAUUGCAGAGUGCUGUUGGAAUACAGCUUAUUACAUGGAUUCAGAGACAGGUCUGGUCAGGCCAGGUCCAAGGAAACAUGAACUGCAGAUGUCACGGACCUCAAAUAAGCUGUAAUUCUAAGAGGCAGGUGUUGAUCCAGUUCUCCAAUAUUUUUGUAACAAGGGAAUGAUGAGAUUUACUGCACUUUUCAAUCCAAGUUCUGGAAAGUUUCUUAACAUUUUGGUACCAUGCCAUCAUAGAAUCUCUCAGUAGGGCCACCUAGGUCACCCUCCUUUUGCCUCUUGAGAAAUUAGCAGACAGGCUUUGUCCUAGAUGAUAGCUGAAUAAAUAGACCUGAGGAAUACCUGUCCCAGAAACCACAUCCAUCAUUCAAGGAGCUUCAAGCUCAGCCUCACCAAGUACCCUUUCUCCAGUGAACCUUUAACAUGUGGCCACUGCUUUAUUUUUCUCUUUUUAAAUAGGAGGCAGUGGUAUUGUACAGAACUCAGAUUCAUCAACCAUUCAUCAUCCUCAUCUUAAUACUUUAUUCCAUCUUUUUUAUCCUCUUCAGUGGUUUUUGACAAGAUGCCUGGUAGACUACAGAUGAGCAGAUGCGCUCCAGCUCAUCUUCUGGUGUUUGUUUUCCUUAGCUGUCCACGAUCAAGACAACCAAAGUCAAGGACCUAGGUUAACCCCAAGGCAGCUAGUCAGCUACUUAGAGAUUGGAUACUUUAUUAAAAGUAGUCACGGAAUGGGGGAGGUGGGAAGUACUUGGCACUGGAGAUGCAAUCAAUUUUUUAAACACUUUUAUAGAUCUCUUGUUUUAAAAAAAAAAUGUUGUGAAUCUCCUCAUAAGUGGAAAAGACCUAAAGAAAGGUUGAGUUUAGGAUACCAUGGAUAAAGCAUUGAAGAACUCUGGAAUGUGUUGGCCAUUUUCUCUAAUGUGUGGUGUAUCUGGUCCCCUGUAUUAGAUAGAAGGCUUUGCCACAUGUAAUUCAAAAAGCAUCUUGCUUUUCUCAGGAACCAAAGGCUUAUUAUAUAGAACAAACAAAUCAUCUUAGAACUGUCAAGCAUAUUUUCAAACUACCAUAUCUAGAUCAGGAAAAGACCACUUUGCUAGUAUGCUCAACUUGUUCAUUCCUUCUAGGGAAUAAUAGACAGCAUGGAAAUGUAAAUCACUUCACAUCGCUGGUAUAAUUUUUGAGAGAAAGAGGUGUUAAGUAGAUGUUCAAUCGCUCACAAUAAAAUUGAGUUCACUAGCAUGAUUGGCUGCAGAAGGAAUCUGCAUUAGCUGUUGAGUAAUAAAUUAUCUAAAACAUUGUAGAGCUUAUUCGAAUCUCCAUUUUGGAGGAUUUUAUUUUAAGUCAUUAUAAUUAGCCUUAUAAUGGUUUCAUCUAUUCUGUGAAUCCACA